UAUGAAAUUUAUGAUUUUAUUAAUCUAACAGGUAUCAUAGAAGUUGACGUUGCUCCCAAAGUUGGAACAUUAGCUCAAUGGCAUGAAUACAGAAAAUCUUAUCUUUAUCCUGUAAAUAAGAUAUUAAAAGAAUGUAAAGAAGAACCCCUUAGGUCCAUACGAAAUGUUUAUAAUAAAACUUUUAAAUUGACAACUGUUUGGGAUAAUUGGAGCGAAUGUAAAGAAAUUGACCACCAGAAAGGUGUGCGAAAGAGAUUAGGUAGAUGCCGUUUACAGCCUAAUACGAUUAAAAACAACUAUGACUAUAAUUUUGGGUUAAAACCAGUGGACACUUUUGGUAAAAGAGCUAAGUCUAUUCUGUCCGAUGGUUAUGAUAUUGCUUGCCGCUCAAUAGAACUUAACAAAACGGUUCCAAAAUUAAGUGAAAUCAUUAGAAAUAUUCCAGAAUUCGAAGAAGAAGAAGCCUGCAAUUUUACAAGAGGAUCUGCGAAACAUAAGGUUACUAAGUCUAAAAAUAAAAACAAAACUAUGAAACAAGUUGAAGAAAACGGUCACGUAACACUUACAUGUACUGAAGCAAGUCCGAAUUCAGAAUUAAAAUGGUUCAAAGAUACAAAAUUACUAAAUUCUCUAUUCAGAAAUAAAAAAUGCAAGAAUGAAGAGGAAUCAUCUCACAUAUCAGUCGACACUAAUAAUUCACUACAUAUUUUACACAUCACUAAAAAAGAGGAAGGUAAUUACUCUUGUCAAUCAGAUGACAAAAAAGUACAAGAAUUUGAAAUAAAAGUCGUAUCAAAGUCGAAGCUGCUAAAUCAAGAAUUUAUUCGAUAUUCAAUUUAUUUAGCAUUUGUCCUUUCACUGGCAAUGACAUGUUACUGUGCAGGAGUUUGUAUUGCUUUUCAUCGGAGAACAUCGUUUGUGGAUCCACUUAGUAAAAACAGGAAAGGAUACGAACAUCAUCGCUUUCAAUGUGAAAGAGAGGGUUUGCUUAAAUAAAUAAUCUGUCCGAAAUAGUUACUUGAUUUCGUUAAUUAACUAUUUGAAUUGUUUUUAUAAUGAUUUAGAGAUCAGUUGCUAAGUCUGAUUUUGCAUAUUUUUUUGUAACUAUGCUAAUAUUGUUGGGUUGAAAAUUAGCAUCUAAAGUUUAUCGUUAUCUACGUUGAGUCUCGACAAACGGCUCAACCUCAGCCAGAAAAAUAAGAGGGCCAAAGAGGGCAAAUAAAAGU